AUGGCUACUCAUGAGGGAAAGUCCAAAUUCACCUUGGCUGAAGCCGAGGAGUGCGUGAAGUUGAUGGUCAAAGCCCGUCGAUGUGGGGUAUGGGAUUCCCUUCUUCGCCGGGUGAUCGACACCGAGGAUGUGGCCGAGGAGUUGGCUUGGGAGAAGCUUUCUGCCGGUCCUUCCGGCGGAACUAUGAACGACAGUAGCAAGAGGCUCCGAGAUGAUCCGGGCUAUUCGACAACGCCCUAUGCACCAGCUGCCUCAGAUUUGACAAGUCUGAUGAGCCCGAUGCCCUCCACUGGUGGUAAAGCCUCGAUUUUGACUCCGUCGAUUGAGUUGCCAUCGGGAGUGGAAUCGCUUGCCCAAUGGGGCCAGACAUUGGUCUCGUUCGGCAAAUACAAAGGAAUGCUGUCGUACCAUGAGCUGAUGACCUCGAAUUCUGAGGGCAUGGAAUCCUACCGCCAGUUCCUGUAUAGCCACGCCAAGUCCGGAUCGGCAGGCUUGAAGGAUGUUGUGAAUUACAUGAGGGCUCAUGGAGGCAAGAAGGCCGACGCUUGCUACACCUGGUGGACUUUGGCUGCUGCUGAACUGUUGGCUGGCAGUGAGAUCGUCAGCAUGUUCGAUCUGGAAGCCCUCGAAGAGUUCGUUGAGCACUGCAUGAGUGCAGAAGGCGGAGUCGCACCCCACCCGCACGACGACCCGGAUCCGUUCCACACCUUCUUUGGGUUGGCUGGCCUCUCACUGGUGGAGCAUGCCAGAGAGGGCAGACGAGGGUUGAAGAAGAUGGAGCCCACUUUGGUGUUGCCUGCUCAGUUCAGCUGA